AUGGCCUCCAUCUUGGAGCUCACCUGCAUCUACUCGGCCCUUAUUCUGAACGAUGAUGAAGUGAUGGAGAUGGAGCAUAAGAUCAAUGCCCUCAUUAAAGCAGUUGGUGUAAAGGUUGAACCUCUCUGGCCAGGUUUGUUUGCAAAGGCUCUCGCCAAUGUCAACAUUGAGUGUCUCAACUGCAAUGUAGGGGCUGGUGGACCUGCGCCUGCAACUUGUGCUGCACCAGCAAGAGAUCCUUCCCCCUCCACUACUGCUGCCCCAGCUGAGGAGAAGAAAGUGGAAGCAAAAAAAGAAGAAUCUGAGGAGUCUGAUGAUGACAUAGGCAUUGGUCUUUUUGACUAA